AUGAAAACUGGCGACGAUCAUACCUUUAAUUCCCUGCCAAUGAAAAGGAAAAGAACAUAUUCCCUCGAAUAUUCGUCAACGGAAAAUUUAGCCUCCGCGAAACUCACCGGAAGUCCAAUGAAAAGGAAGAACAUAACUCCUUCACAAGAAACAUAUUCAUAUUUACCGGACGAGUGUUGGGAAAGUAUCUUCAAAUUAAUGAAUGACUACAGCCGUCACCACUUGAAUUCUCUAUCCCUCGUCUCCAAACAGUUUCUCUCCAUCACUAAUAGUCUUCGAUUCUCACUCACCCUCAAAAACUCAACACACCCUUUCCUCCCUCGUCUCUUGAAAAGGUUCACCAACCUCACCUCCCUUGACCUCUCCCACUAUGGCUAUGAACUAGAUGAGCUUCUCCGCAAAAUCUAUAAUUUCCCAUUGAAACUCUCAUCACUCAAACUCCCCGAAGGACGCGCCUUUCCCGCUAAUGGCUUGCGAACUUUCUCCCAAACCAUUAAAACUUUGACUUCUCUCACUUGUUGUUCUCAUGUUUUUGGUGAUAACAACGACCUUUCACUCGUUGCCGAUUGUUUCCCUUUGCUCAAAAAACUCAACCUCGGUCACCCUCAGUUCAACAAUCACACUAACUUCAUUAAUGGAUUUCACUCUCUCUUAUCCAACUGUCAAUAUAUACAAUAUUUGGAUCUAAAUCACACUUAUUUUCUGAAUGAUCAACAUGUUGCCGAGUUCUCUUUGUUUCUUGCUGCUUUGGUGUCUAUAAACCUUAAUGGAUGUUGGAGGCUCACAGAAUCAGCAUUGUUUUCACUUGUUACAAACUGUCCUUCACUUAGUGACAUCAAAAUGGAAUGCACAACUAUUGGGAAAGAGAGUAUAGAGCAUGAUAAUUCUUUGACGGACUUUGAAGUAAGCCCUCAAUUAAAGUCUCUUUCUUUGGCGGACUGUCAGCACUUGAGAGAUGAAAACAUCGUAUUGUUUCCUUUCAUGUUCCCCAAUUUGGAGGUGCUUGAUUUGAGCUAUUCGAAGGACAUAUCUAAAGAAAUUAUUCGUCAUGUUUUAAGAUGUUGUAGUAAGAUUAAGUAUUUGAACUUAUAG